AUUUCUCAUGUAAUUGACCAAUCAAACCCAUUGGAUUUCAUACUCUGCUCUGCGUGUGCAGACUGUGGUGUGCACCAUGGAGUUUUGGUAUGCGGCUGAACAAUUCCAUCCAAUAAUGCAUAAUUGCCUAUACCAAAAAAGAAUCCCACAGUAAAUCCAUGAGAGUUGCAUUGGGGAACAGUCGAUAGAAAGCAUCUGAAGAAAUAUAGUAGAAUCAUGAGUAAAAUCAAAACAUAAGAGUUUCGAGUGGUUACGAGAGGUCGCGCUUCAGUUCCUGCUUAUAACCAAGCUCGUGCAGCCGUGCAUGACCUGAAUCCUCUGAAGCAUUCCCGUUCCGAAUAUGGGAAGGAAGGGCCGUCUCUUCAUGUCUCCUGGCCAUCUCUAAAGUAAACCAACUGAGAGGGUGAUUUCGAAUUUUGCGUUUUCAUUUUCGAUUAUAUCAGUGCUCACAGGGAUAACGACCCUUUACAAUACAGGGCUAACAUAUGGAGGCCCUGUUGUUAUGGUCUAUGGCUGGUUUAUUGCCGGUCUCUUCACCAUGUUUGUUGGGCUGUCGAUGGCUGAGAUUUGUUCCUCCUAUCCUACAUCGGGUGGUCUUUACUACUGGAGCGCCAAGCUCGCUUGCCCUGACUGGGCGCCUUUUGCUUCAUGGUUAACGGGCUGGUUCAACAUUGUUGGUCAGUGGGCUGUCACAACAAGUGUGGAUUUUUCACUUGCUCAGCUGAUUCAAGUGAUCAUUCUUCUUAGCACAGGUGGGAAAAAUGGUGGUGGGUAUGAAGAUUCUAAAUAUGUGGUUAUUUGCUUCCACGGAACAAUUUUGCUCAUCCAUGCCGUUUUAAAUUGUCUUCCUAUUUCAUGGUUAUCUUUAUUUGGACAACUUUCUGCCGCAUGGAAUGUCAUAGGUGUUUUUGUCCUUAUGAUUCUCAUUCCUAUGGUUGCAACGGAGAAGGCUAGUGCCAAAUUUGUUUUCACUCACUUUAACAAAGAUAGCGGGGAAGGCAUCCACAGCAAACUAUAUAUACUUGUUCUGGGCCUCCUUAUGAGUCAAUAUACGCUUACUGGGUAUGAUGCAUCUGCACAUAUGACAGAAGAGACAAAGAGUGCAGACAAGAAUGGGCCAAAAGGAAUAAUUAGUGCAAUUGGAAUUUCUAUUGUUGUUGGUUGGGGUUACCUACUUGGUAUGACAUUUGCAGUAACCAACAUCCCACAGCUCUUGAGCCAUGACAACGAUUCUGGUGGUUAUGCCAUUGCUGAAGUCUUUUACCAAUCCUUCAAGAGUAGAUAUGGCAAUGGAGUUGGGGGAAUCAUUUGCUUAGGAGUGAUUGCACUUGCCAUAUUUUUCUGUGGUAUGAGUUCAGUAACAAGCAACUCCAGGAUGGCAUAUGCAUUCUCAAGAGAUGGAGCUAUGCCCUUUUCAUCAUUGUGGCAUCAAGUGAACAAACAGGAAGUCCCAAUAAAUGCAGUUUGGCUUUCUGUUUUCAUCUCAUUUUGUAUGGCAUUAACUUCUCUCGGGAGCCUAGUGGCAUUUCAAGCAAUGGUGUCAAUAGCAACCAUUGGACUCUACAUUGCAUAUGCUCUACCGAUAUUCUUUAGGGUGACCUUGGUUCACAAGUCUUUUGUUCCAGGGCCUUUCAACCUGGGCCGCUAUGGGAUCCUUGUUGGUUGGAUUGCAGUACUCUGGGUAGCAACAAUUACAAUUCUCUUCUCUUUGCCUGUCGCAUACCCCAUUACAAAGGACACUCUCAACUACACUCCUGUUGCAGUUGGUGGCCUCCUUAUUCUUACCGUGUCUUCAUGGUUCUUGAGUGCUCGGCAUUGGUUCAAAGGUCCCAUAACCAACAUAGAUAUUUAAAUAUGAUAUUGCCUGUCAAUUUACAGCUUUCAUAAUAUUAAAAAUAUAUUCAUUUAUUGUCAUAUAGCUGCCCUUUUCUAACUGUAACCAAAUUGUUUCAAUUCAAUCUACUUUGGUGAAUAGGAGUUGAAUACAUGGGCACUGAAAACUAUACCUAGUAGCUUUGGAGUUUCCCAAUGAGACUGAUUCUCAGACUCUUCCUUUUG